ACCCAGGGGUGGACUGACAACUUAUGGGGCCCCCGGGCAAUAGGGGAUCAUGGGGCCCCUGUGUCCUUGCCCAAACUCAAAAAAGCCUAUGAAAAAGGUACUAGGGGCAUCUCAUGGGGCCCCCUACUGACCAAGGGCCUUUCGGGCAGUGCCCGAGUUUCCAAAUGGUCAGUCCACCCCUGGUUCAUGACAUUGUGAAUGGAUUAAUGGAAUUUAUUACCAAAAAAAUUAAACAUAUACAGCCUUAUUCUACAUAAUUAAAAAACUAAUCUUUAUUUCAUGAUGGAAUAACCUUUGGAUGGUAAUAUAUUUUAUUUUAAAAAAUCCGA